UGGGGCGCGCACCGGAAGCGGAAGUGAGUGACGCGACUGGCUGCCGGGAACGGGCCUCCACGGGGAGUCUUCACAGAGCGCUCUCAAGAUGAAUGCCAGAGGACUUGGAUCUCAGUUAAAGGACAGUAUUCCAGUUACUGAACUCUCAGCAAGCGGACCUUUUGAAAAUCAUGAUCUUCUUCGAAAAGGUUUUUCUUGUGUCAAAAAUGAACUUUUGCCCAGUCAUCCUCUUGAAUUAUCAGAAAAAAAUUUUCAGCUCAACCAAGAUAAAAUGAACUUUUCUACACUGAGAAACAUUCAGGGUCUAUUUGCUCCACUAAAAUUACAAAUGGAAUUCAAGGCAGUGCAACAGGUUCAGCGUCUUCCAUUUCUUCCAAGCUCAAACCUUUCCCUGGAUAUUUUGAGGGGUAGUGAUGAGACUAUUGGAUUUGAAGAUAUUCUUAAUGAUCCAUCACAGAGUGAACUAAUGGGGGAACCACACUUGAUGGUGGAGCAUAAGCUCGGUUUAUUGUAAUUUAGUAUGCUGUGGAUGAAAAAAACUGGGGCUGCAUAUUGUCUUUUUAGUGUAAUUUGAUGUAACAAC